AUGAGCACAAGUAAUCCUGCAAAUUCGUCGACAGCAACUCCACAAACUACGCCAGUUGCUAUUGCUGCGCCUAUUCACGAGGUUGAUCUAGAAGAGCCAUCAACGGCUGUCGUAUUACCCGAUUGUCCACCUCCUGCUUAUUCUCCAUCAGAAAAUGCGUCCAAUCAAGUUGAAACUAUUUCAUCGUCAACAUCACAUGCAGAAGCUCCACCGCCGUAUUGUUUAAUUGAUCCGAGUAAAAUACAUACUCAUUAUCAACAUCAUCCGAAUAUAACAUCACCGGAAAUUAUUGACUUAGAUACCAGUGAUACAUCUCAACGACAACAAGCUGCAAUUUCAGCAUGGCUUACCAGUGGUAGUAAUAUGGAUAUUGGCACAGAUUGUACGUUUUUAAUGGCCUUUAUUGUGAGCUUUUUCUUCAAUUGGCUCGGAUUCUUGGCUGUUGUCUGUCUCAUACCUACGAUUUCAGCUCGUUUCGGAGCCAUGAGCGGUUUUGGUCUCUCGAUGGCAAAAUGGAUUACUGUUAUGAGAUACCACGAUUUUAAAAAUGGUAUUCGAGAUCCAGCACAAAAUUUUGUUUUUGCAAUUGUUCUAUUUGCUGGAUUUUUUCUCUUCGUCCGUGGUCUCAUAUCAUAUAUUGCAGUUAAAAAUCGUGCUAAUCGUGCUGGUCAAACUGCUGAAAUAUUCACGUGGUACUAA